AUGCUUCCACUGCUACAGCUGGUACCUGCUAAGCUGCUCAACUCCUCUUGCUCCUUGGAGAAGACACUGCAGUGCAGCUGUUCCUUCUAUGGGAUUCCCACACCCUCUGUGCAGUGGUGGAUGGGAGGAGUCCCCGUGGGUGUGGAUGGCAUGGAUGGCAGCCUCCAAGUGACCUCCACCAUGCUUGGCCCCUGGGCUAACAGCACCAUCAGCCUAACUGAAGAGCCAGAAAUGGGCAUGAGACUUCUCUGUGAGGGGAAGAACCAAAACGGAACCCACGCUUUGAGCAUCCUACUGAUGUCAAGAAAGAGUUCUUUGGCUUCGCAGGCCUUCGUGAAAGGGCUGAUCCAGGGUGCUAUCUAUGCGGGAAUUGUAAUUGUGCUGCUCUUCCUCUGCCUCCUCCCUCUCAUAGUGAAACAUAUCAGAAAGAAGCAGGCGAAGAAAGCUGCAGCAAUCCGAGCAAAAAGGAGCUCAAAAGUCAGAGCAAGCCAAGAACUCGAGAUCUCUCUGAAGCCUGAGGAACCAGGAAAACCCAUAGUUGCCACAUUUUCUGAGAGCCAGAUAUUGGAAAAGCAAGAUAAAUGA